AGGACACAGCCGUAUUCAGUGUCGAUAAUACGAUAAGUGCACAUUAUUGAACACAAUGGCUUUCCUAAGGAACAAACUCACGCUUCUAGUUCUGUGCGCUGUCCUAGCGGCAGCAGCCAGCCAGGUGUCUCAGGGUGGGCCACACCAGCCUCAAGGGGGGUCACAUACCUCCCAGGGGGGUCCUCACGAGAACCAGGGCAGAGUCCGCCGGCAAGCCGAAGAUGAUGAGUGGAGCCCCCCAACCUGGACUACUUGUGACAUCACCACCACUCCUGUCAUCUCCUGCCACGAUUGCAGCACUCGCCUCAUUUGCAAGCCAGUCGGAGGGAUCCUCAAACCCUGCUUGAACCCUCUGAAACCCCACUGCAAUAAUGGAAUCUGCUCUGCUGUGCCCGCUGCUGGAUGCUAAGAAGAACAAAACGGCUGGAUCGUGGACUGUUAAUUGUAUAAAAAAUUAUCUUUUGUAUAUUUAUUAUAUCGCAUUGUAACAGUUCCUCAUUGUAAAAUUUUAUAAAUUGAAAUUAAUAAUUUUAGGCAAGUUAUUUAUAAAGUG